AGAAGAUUUGGCAGCAACUAGAUUAAAAUACUUGGCGAUGGUUGAUUUGAGGAAUUUCAUCCCUGACCCUUUUUCGUCAGGAACGAGCGCCGUUACGUCGGAAGAGCAGCACGAGCCGGUAUUGCAGCGAGUUCAUUAGGCAGAAACCCCAAUAUUAAUGUGAUCGAUAUCGAUAAUAAUAACGCGAGAGUUUGCAAGUUGCCUCAAGACUGUAGUUGCAACUGUCAAAGGUGGAGUGGAUACGCGCAUGACCCAACACACAUUACUGUAAUACUGUACACGGCCGCCGAGAUAAUAUCCGUAUAAAAAAACGAAAUAAUCCCGAGGUAAGGAACCGAGGAGUGUACCAAAACCGACUGGGGUUUGGCGUUUCUGCUCAUUUUCCUUCGCUUCGUUUUCUUUUACUCUAACCAAGUGUUUUGCCGCCGUCGAAAUUACUGCACUAAAUAUAUUUUUGUGCCUCCCUUUAGCUCCAGCCAGCGCAAGGAUUUUUUUUACUCCUCCUUCGUAAUAAAGUCGCCAUUUUGCUUCACUGCCUAUAUAAACCAUCCCGUAUUCUAUUAUUUUUCCUCAAGGAGUCGAGGACCUACCUAUCUUUCCUGGCUAUUUCUAAUAUUUCUGGAGUGUUUAACGAGAAGACAGGGGUUGAAGAAGUGCCUCGUGGUAUAGCCUACAUAUUAAUGCAGGGAAGGAGGGGGGGCAACGCAAUUGGAAACUGGGAAUUAGGUGAAAGUAUCCUGGAUUUCUUUUCAUGUACAGACUAAAUUGUAUUUUCUCUUCUCCUGCACUACUCCUGUAUUUCUUCCACCUCGUCGUCGUCCGCAGAGUGGGGGGACAGGACGACGGUGACGACUGUCCACUUCAAUUCAGGCUCCCAACCUCAGUCUGACCGGUCGUUGACGAACAGCAGGUGUGAUUGCCAUGUAACAUAACAUUGGUGGAAAAACGCCCACUUCGGUGUCUGUCUCCUGACCCCCUCCUCCCUCACGUGGGUGACCCGGGGCCACCCGGCCCCUAGUGCUGGGUGACUGCCCGACAGUUCAGGCAUGGAGAGCCCAAGUGGCCCCAGGCUUGGGAAGCUGUCCUCAUCAGGGCCGCCAAGGGGCCGGACCCCCAAGCAUGGACAUCCCCAUGAGCCUGUCAGAACCACGGCAGGCCCCGAAAACAACAACAAACACAGUCCAGUGUGUGAUGAGCCAGCAGAGGGGAAGAGGAAAGGUCGCCCUAAAGCAGAAGUGCAGGAGCUGAGAAGCAUCCCUGCCCAUAUGAUAGUACAAUGGAAGGAAGAGUUUAAGCGCCGCUCCAGGGUUAAGUGUCCGUGUUCAGGCUGCUGGUUAGAGUUUCCCAGCAUCUAUGGCGUCAAGUACCACUAUCAACGCUGCCAGGGGGCCACCGUAGCCGAGAAGCUGAGUCAUGGCUGUCCCUACUGUGAGGCAGUGUUUGCCACAAAGGUGCGCCUGCAGAAGCACAAGCUGUGGAACCACCCAGACAGGGUUAGUAUGGAGCCCAAGGACGAGCAGACUAAGCUUCAAAAGACCCCUGUCAAGUCCAACACCAAGAAAAGGCCCAUGGAGAACAGUCCCCCCUCUCCGAUGUUCUUCAAAGUGAAAAAGACCCACGAGGUGUCCACGCCCUCUCAGAAUGGGGAGCUGUCCCACCAGAAGAGUGAGAGGAAACAGCACAGCCACAGCCAGCCUUCACCGCAGACUCACCAGUCGCAGCCAGUCCAGCCUCAGUCCCAGCAGUCCCACAGCACGUCGUCUGAUGCGGAGGGCAGUGAAAGUGAUGGGGACAGCCUUCCCCCUUCUUUCCCUGACGAAGACCCAGAGCGAAUGAGACACAGACGGAAGCAGAAAACGCCUAAGAAAUUCACUGGAGAGCAGCCUUCUAUAUCUGGAACAUUUGGAUUGAAAGGUAUGACUAAGGUGGAGGAGAAGCUGAAGGCCGGCCGUGCAAAGAGGUCAGAGGGGAGUGGGUUCAGUGAGGAGCCCCAGAGAAGACCUACUUCAAGUCAGUCGUCCAAGAAAGAUCCUGCUACAACCAGUUCUGGUGCUGACACCCAAUGGCAGCGAGCAAUCCACGAGCGAGGUGAAGUGGUGUGUCCCACCUGCUCCAUCGUCACCAGGAAAACAAUCCACGGCCUCAAGAAACACAUGGAGAUUUGCCAGAAGCUCCAGGAUGCCCUGAAGUGCCAGCAGUGCCACAAACAGUUCAGGUCCAAGGCAGGCCUCAACUACCACACCAUGGCUGAACACAGCACCAAGCCCUCGGGGAGCGAAGGCCAGACGACUGACGAGCAUGAGGAAAGAGAAAGACUGCGCCGAGUGCUCAAACAGAUGGGACGAAUCAAGUGUCCUAGUGAGGGCUGUUCAGCUCACUUCUCCAGCCUGAUGGGCUACCAGUACCACCAGAAACGUUGUGGAAGCGAGUUCUCUGACGAUGAGAAGCCUGUGUUUCUGUGCCAGCACUGUGGAAAAACCUACCGCUCCAAGGCUGGCAGAGACUACCAUGUGCGUACCGAACACUCCCCAACUAUCACCACCGCCAUGACAGCCACCACCAACAAUAACAACAAAGACAUUAUCACUGACACCAACAACAACACCGGCAAAGAGAGGGUCUCUUUGGAGUCUCCAUCAUUAGGCCAGAAGGAGCAAAGCCAGCCUGAGAAAGCACCAUCCGGCCAGCCCAAGGAGAAGGAGAGAGAAGCCAGGGACAAGGACAGGGAAAAGGAGAAGGAGAGGGAGCGAGUCACAGAAAAAGUAGCACAGACUGUGAGCCAGGGAGAUGACUUUGAACGGACCCCGAGUGGCAGAGUGAGGCGCCGGUCAGCGCAGGUGGCAGUGUUCCACCUGCAGGAGAUAGCAGAGGAUGAGCUGGCCAAAGACUGGGGCACCAAGCGCCGCAUCAAGGAUGACCUGGUGCCUGAUAGCAAGAGGUUAAACUAUACCCGUCCCGGCCUCCCCAACUUCAGCCAAGACCUAUUAGAAACCUGGAAGAACCAAGUCAAGGAGAAGGGCUUCAUCUGCUGCACCAAUGAAAACUGUGAAGCUGUCUAUUCCAGUGUAUCAGGACUAAAAGCCCACCUUGCCAACUGCAGCCAGGGUGGUGGAGAACUGGGAAAGUACACUUGUCUGAUCUGCCAGAAGGAGUUUAGCUCAGAGAGCGGUGUGAAGUACCACAUCAGCAAGACACACUCACAGAACUGGUUUCGUGCAGCAGUCAGUCAAGUGGUCUCAAGUACCAAGAGUAAAGCGCCGGAGAACAAUGGGAUCCAAGCAGAGGUGAGGAACGGUGCCACCACUGGUAAGAAGAGAGGCCGCAAGCCCAAAGAGCGCCCCCCUGUGGUUGCGCCUCUCCAAACAAAAACUGAAGCACCUACCAUUACUCAAAACUUAACCCCUGCUGUGACUCAUUCACAGUCCCCCUCCCUGCUCCCCGACCCCACGGACAGUGCUAAUUCAGGCCAAAACAGACAGCCCAUCCCCUCCACCGCCAGACGAAGCAAACCCUAAAGGCCGUCAUUGUCAGAGUAGCUCUGCUUUUGUCGACCCAGGAGCCAGAGAGGAGUCUUACUGUAAAUGUUGUGCCAGGAAACUAAGACCUUUCUAACUCCACAAGGACUUGGCACUGAGAAGCAAGUUAAAUCAACCCUUAAGAACUAAAACAUUUAGUACAGACUUUUUGAAAUCCCAGAGUAAAUGUGUCUACUGUUAUAAACAGUACUCAUGUAACAGUAGUGUUUUAUUUCUCCAUUCCACUUUUGUCUUCUUUUCAAGGCACACAUUUCGGUUUCUGUACUCACAGCAGGGGUGUCAGUAGUAAUCAAAGAUAACAUCCUGACUUCUACAUGGUUAGCAUUUUUCUAAACAGAGGUAGUAUUCCAAACAAAUGCAGAGCAAUUCUCUCUACAAUAUUCAUGUUGUGUUUGAGAGGUUUUAAAAAGGAUAUUCUAUUAGCAUGGUGAAGUCAUUUAAUGAUAGCUAGUGUUUUCACAUUUUUUUCCACAGAUAUACUGUACUGUGUACAUAAACAAUAUCUAUAUCUAUAUAUCUAUAUACUCAAAGCAAUGAUGCCUGACAAGUCCAAUUGGAUCAUGAGCAGUCAGAAUUUUUGCAGUGUGUGCUGUAGUGCAAUGUUGUUUUUUGAUUUUCUUUUUCUUUCAUGUUUUUUUUUCUUGUUUUUUUUACGUUUCAUGUUUCAAAUAAGCAAAUGUCAUAUAAGCUAAAAACGUUGGUCAGUUGUUAAUCAUAUUCCACCCUGUUUUUUCUCACAGCUAUGUGGCUAUCACUUUAGUGACAUUUAUUUUUGUUUUUUCUGCAUCACAUGACGGUGAAAGGUAUCUGCUUUGACGACCAUAAUUAGGUGUCAAAAGAUCAUUUCCACAGUUCUUUUACACUGAAGUUAUUAAGCAGAAUAACCCCAAAAAAGUGAUUGUUUGAGAUUUCCAUCUGUAAGGUAUAAGUUAAUACUUAAUAUGGCAUUGUUUAAUUGAUUUUAAACAUAAAAAAACUUGAAGCAUUCUGUCUAAAAUAGGACUGGCAAAGCUAAAUGUUGGACAGAAGAAUUUUGUGUGAAGCUUGUUGCACCAUUGCAGCACAAUCAAAUGAUGUGACACCAUUUUAAAGGAGGCCAUAUUUGGCUACUGCUUUAGCUUGAAUCAAAGAGCUGAGGAGAGAAUAAAAAUAUCUUUUAUAGAGAGGUUGAGGGACAUAAUCUUUUAUUAAACAGAAAAAUUGCAAAUGAAGAUUCACUUAUAAUUAUGUAUAUGAAUUAAUUCCUGGAUGCUCAAAGUUAUUGCCUUGCACUUUAACCCUUAACCCCUCUCUUGUAUUUUUGCACUCCGGGAGUAUUGAACCUAACCUAGUGGCUGUCAGGCACAGGAGCAGGAAUAUCUUACUCUGAUGAAAAAUGAAACUACAGAAAAACUAAAUUUGUCUUCACAUGGGUAAUGAGCAGCAUGGUUAACUCUUUCUAGAUAGUAUCUGUAAUCCAACACGACCGUAUAAUUAUGAGUCACCACACAAAGCCAUAACAGGUCUGGUUGAAUUGUAAGGCUGCUUUACCACUUAAAGUUAGUUUAGCUUCAGAUUAAAAAAACAAAAAAAACAUUAUUAAUAAAUUACUUUUCAAAUCUAAAAUGUGUGCAAUCAGAGAAUAUUUUCACUUUAACAUGUUUAAAGUAGAUACUUGAAUCCACAGUUAUAUUAACAAAUGAAACAAAUAAAACAUCCAUAAAUAUUUGAUUUAUAUCUGGAAUUUAGGUCCAUAGAAAUAAUAACUUGCUUGAUAACAAAGUGACAAAUAAUAAAUCUAUUUUAUAUUCUCUUGUGUGUGUUACCCAUAUAGCAAUCUGAUAGCUUUGGAUAAAGUUGUGAUGUGGGGAUAUUCUGGUAAAAUAACAAGGGUGCUUUACUUGCCACUCUACCUUAAGGACCUGAACUCAGUAAGUCCACGAAUCCAUCCUGCCAUUUUCUCCUCACUGGCAAGUCUUUUUGCACCAACAAAUGUCAACGUCAUCAUUUAAAUCGAGCACUGAUGUCAGCGGAACAUUUUCAAGAAACAAUGAAUUUGAAAUGUAUGUGUCCCAGGUGUUGUCAUCCCUACGCCGUGACCUUUUAUAUUGUAAAGCAAAGAUUUGAGCUGAAUUCCUCCAUUAUUAAUCAACUGAUGGAGUUUAUUCAGGUGGGGAUGAUUAUGCAUGUGUCUGUCUCUGUUAAUGGGAUGGACCUUUAUCUUCAAUCCAGGUUCAACCGAUGGAGAGGAUAAGUUAGACAAGCACUGAUUGGUCCUCGGACCUUUUCGAUAUGAGUUGUCCCGACCUUGUGUGUGUGCGCGUAUGAGUGUGUGUGUGCGUGUGUGUGUGUGUAAAACAGUUAGCACCUUUGUAAUGACUGGAUGUCAGAAAUGGUAACACUUUUCGUUGAGUGUUAUGCUGUGGCACAGAAUCAGUUCAUCAGCUGCUUGUUACUCGUGUCAUUAAUAACGUCACAUUGACUGUGUUUACCUGACAAGCUUUGGUGUUGCAAUAUGAUAGUUAGGCACUGCUUUUAACAGUGGGUAUUUUAUAUUUUAUCACACCCUUUACUAUCUGUCUUCCUAUGAUGUGGAAAACACAUAUCUAUCCCGCAGUGUGAGCUAACUGCAACAUCUUUAGAGAGUACAGCAAUACACCAUAUUUAGCUGGUUUUGUUGGCUUGCUGAUAUUUUGAUAUUGAUGUGUCUUCUCAAAAUUGUAUGGCUUUUUUCACUCCCCUACUUUUAUUUGUUUGCUUUGAAAAUGCUUUUUACAUAUUAUGAAAUCUAAAGAAAAAAAGGUUGAAAACAUUUGUAGACCACAAAGAACAUUGUAGGCCUAUGUGUCGGCAUACACUGUUAUUUUAUCCAUUUUGAUGAUGCACAUAAAUUGAGCUUUUUCAGUACACAAUGACAAACACAUUGAGAGAGAGAGUCCUUUAUUAUUAUUAUUAUCUAUUCAAUAUGGGACAACAAGGCAUAUGUAUGUGUGUUUGUUUCUGUAUUUAGUGCACUUACUAUACCAUGAAAUAGGCUUGAAAUAGGAGUGUUGUUGGAGCUUUCUAGUUACCCUGACUGUGUGUGGUGUGACUUUUGUACCUGGGGAAACAGCAGGCUCAAGCGUCUUCCCUUUGUCAACAAUGUUAUUUCCAAAACCAAGGUUAAUCCUUAGACAUCCCCAUAGACAGCCUGAGAAUUUUACCCUUUUAUUUGGACAACAGUGGUUCCUUUUGUAUGCUACCUACUUCAAAAGCAGGAAAUGGCAUCAACGUCUGUUGUCAGGGCCAUUGUGAUGAAACUGUUGAGAGUUUUCAGAGAUGAUGUUGUAGCUCAUAACUGGUUAUGAUAUAAAGGUAACAGGUGAAAUGAGACUAAUGAUGUAUUAAAGAUUUCCAUAUCUGAAAUUAAGCUGUAUAGAUCCUAACAUAGGAGGCAUCAACACCUCCUUUGAGUCUGAACUGUUACAAUUUUUCUCCCAAACUUGUUGUAUUACCUGUGCAUUAGUAUCCCUCGACUGAUUAAUAAAAGUUUGUUGACUAAAA